CAGACCACGUCACAGAGUGUGGUCACGCCGUCUCACCUGAGGGUCAGGUACCAAGAUAGCGCGCGAGAUAGCGAGGGAGGCGAGCGCCUGUAAUCCGCCUGCUUCAGCCAGGGUACUGCUGUUUCACCAACAUCGUCAUGACGAUGGCGGAGGGUAGCACGGGGGGAGCGACGCCUUCGGUGCCGGCAGCGAUAGCAGAGCCGCGAUCCAUCAAUAACACCACGCCCGGCGGGGAGGCCUUGUCCAUGGGAAGCGGCGAGUUGGUGGCGGCAGCGGCUGCACCCGCGGGAGGUACCGGAAACAAUGGCGAAGGGGGAGGAGGAGGAGGAGGAGGAGGAGGAGCGGACGCAGGAGGGGCGGAGAGGGCUGCCAAGGGGCAAGUUGCGCUCAUCAACGUGGAGGGCAUGACGUGCGCGAUCUGCGUUGGAAUCGUCACUAACCUCUUGGCCAGGUUUGUUUGUCUUUCGUCGCCCUUUUGCGCGACUGCCCUCGCAACCCGUGCGUCAUUCGCGGACGUCGAUCAAACGGCCACCUAA